CGAUGAAUCACGGCGAAGGUAGGGGUUCCGGUGGACGUAGGGGUCCUCGGGGACGUUUUCCGGCACCCGACAACAUGUUGUAUCGCCAGAAAAGCGAAAGUCCGGUUACAGUUGAUAGGUCGUUGAAUGAAUCUAGGGGUAGGGGAAUUCGAGGGAGAGGAAGAUGUAGUUCUGUGCAAGUGUACGUUAAGAAGUCAUCCCCAGUUUCCGAUGUGGGAUUAGUGGAAAAGGCUGCUCAAGAGGAUAGAAAGUCCCAGGAGGAUGGACUUGGUCCUGCUAAGAAACCUGAUGAAGUUGCUUCUAUGAAAAUUUCUGGAGAUGACAAGGAUCUUUUGCAGUCAUCUGCUUCGUCUAGCUCAAAGAGCAUUAAUCUUGGUGGAGGUUCGUCUGGCGCUAGAAUGGCUUGCGAUCUUGAGAACAGGAUGGAAGAUGUUUCGCUGUCUUGCCAGGAGUCUGUGUCUUCUACUAGUGAUCAGAAGGUUGAGCUUUCUAGUGUUGAGGAUCAUGAUAGUGCUGCUCACAAGUUUGGUGUUGCAGGGGACUCUUCGAAUGAAAGCAACACGAGACCUUAUGAUCUCUUCCUGAAGAAGAACCUGAUGGGGCUCAAACCCACCUUGUUUGCACUGAACAGAGAUAAGAGGAAAUCAAAUAAGGGGUACAAUGGAAUUGUUAUUAGACCUGGAAUGGUACUUCUCAAGAACUACUUGUCAAUCAACGAUCAAGUGAUGAUUGUGAAAAAAUGCCGUCAGCUUGGUUUGGGUGAAGGAGGCUUCUAUCAACCAGGUUACCGUGAUGGAGCAUCAUUGUAUUUGAAAAUGAUGUGCCUUGGGAAAAAUUGGGACCCUGAAACAUCUCGAUAUGGAGAAACUCGACCCGUUGAUGGUUCUACUCCACCAAAAAUUCCUGUUGAAUUCAAUCAGUUUGUUGAGAAAGCAAUUAAGGAAUCUCAGUCCCUAGUCGCUACGAAUUCAAAGAAGACCAAGAGAGAAGAUGAGAUACCAUUUAUGUCACCAGACAUCUGUAUUGCUAACUUCUACACAGCCUCCGGCAAACUUGGUCUCCAUCAGGACAAAGACGAGAGCGACAUGUCCAUUAAGAAGGGGUUACCCAUUGUUUCAUUCUCUAUUGGAGAUUCAGCUGAGUUCUUGUACGGUGAUCAGAGGGAUGAGGACAAGGCAGAAAUGGUUGAAUUGGAGUCUGGAGAUGUUCUACUAUUUGGUGGGAAAUCAAGAAAUGUGUUUCAUGGCGUGAGAUCAAUCCUUAAAGGUACUGCACCCAAUGUUCUUCUUCAGGAAACAAGUCUCCGGCCAGGUCGUCUGAAUUUGACUUUUAGGCAGUAU